CCGUAGUAAGGAUGGUCGUUGCAGUAGGUUCUCUGUUUAUAAUUGGCUUGGCGGCACUGGGGGCGGCGGAAGUCCCUGGAUUGACCGACUACCAGCAGCUUAAGGAAUUAAACUUUUACGGAUUCAACUCCGAGAACAGUGAAGCACCUACAAUGGCAGACUACCAACGACUUAUGAAGCUGCGCUCAUUGGGCAUGGAGUUUUUCCACCAGUUUAAGAAUAUUUCAACAACAGAACCCCAAUUUCUAGACGAACUAGAAAGGGCAGACAGCUCUUGUAUUUUAGACAUGAAACAGUUCAUGGAGGACCUGACGUCGGCCAAAUUUUGGGCCAUAUCUAUGAUCGAUUCUUGGGGCACCAUACCCUCCGGAUACCUUUACGGAAACCGGGUCGACAUGGGCAACUACGAUCAGUGCCUCAGUGUAGACAGGACGGUUAGCGAGUCGCAGAACAUUAAGGGAAAGUAUUGUAUGAUGGAGCUGCCCGUUGCCAAGUGGCUGGGACUUAACGCCCCGAUCUUGUCAAUGAUAAACAUUAAGACGGCCUUAUGCUUCCCCUCCUCUUGCUCGCCGGAGUUCAUGGAGAACCUCGUGGCUUUAGUGCUCAAAGGACUGCUCGGAGUGAGUGACCCCAGUAGCAUGUUUUUUAUUAAUCAGGAGAGCUGCAAGACAAAAGAUGAUCCACCCUUAAGCACCACCACAAUCGUGACCAUAGCUCUUGUGUCCGUUUUUUGUGUGCUAGCCGUUCUCUGCACCGCCUGCGACUAUUUCUGGUGUCAGAAUCAAAGCAAGAUCCCGAGGGUGGUCAAGGUGUUCUCAGUGCGCACGAACUCUAAGGAGCUUUUUUCUGUAGUGGACCCCAAGUCAACUCCCAACGUCAUUCAUUGCAUUCACGGAUUACGCUGUAUGUCGCUAAUUUGGGUGAUAGUGGGCCACGAGUAUACCGACACUGUAAUGUCGUACACUAUCAACCGGAUAAAAGUCCUCUCGUGGUUUCGGAAGCCCUUCUCUAGCUUCAUUAUAUACGCUCCUUUCUCGGUGGACACGUUUCUUUUCAUCACUGGCCUGCUUCUGGUUGUCAUCGGACUUCGUUCUCUGGAGAGGGCGAAGGGGAAGCUGAACAUACCGAUGAUGUACCUGCAUCGCUACUUGCGCCUAACCCCGAUCGUCGCCGUGGCCAUCCUGGUCUACAUGCAGCUGUUACCGCUUAUUUCCAAGGGCCCAGUGUCCCAGGACCUUGCUCUAUUCGACUACUCUGUCUGCAGUAAGAGCUGGUACUGGAACAUGCUCUUUGUGCAGAAUUACGCCGCUGUGUCGGAGAUUUGUCUUCCGCACACCUGGUACCUGGCCGUGGACAUGCAACUGUAUAUCCUGGCACCCUUUCUGCUUCUCGCCCUUUACAAGUGGGGCGCGAAGGCGGCCGGAGCUGUCCUGGUCCUAAUGCUGCUGCUCUCCGCUUGCCUAUUUACUACAAUAAUGACUAAUGAUUUCAAAGUUACCUUCUUACACGGCGGUCAGCUUCCAGAAGUGCAGAAGAAGCUGUACUUUGCGACACACAACCAUGCAGCCCCCUGGCUGGUUGGAACUCUCUUUGGUUACUUCAUGCACCGCAUCCGGGGUGCGAAAGUCGAACUCAAGUGGCAAGCGGUCUGGGCAGGUUGGCUGCUCUGCCUGGCCAUGAUGUUUACAGCCAUCUUCUCGAUGUUUAAGUUCAACAAGCUGUUGGCGCCAUCGCCCACAGUCCUGGAGGGGGCAUUCUUCUACACACUCACUCGAGUAGGCUGGCCCUUGGCCAUGUGCUGGGUUGUCUUUGCCUGCGUCCACGGAUACGGCGGCAUGGCCAACAGCUUCCUGUCUUCGCCCAUGUGGCAGCCCCUCUCUAGGAUCUCGUACUCCGCCUAUAUUUGGCAUAUUUUCAUUCAGGAGGUCAACCACAGACGCAUUCGCACGAGCGCCAACUUUUCGGAUUAUGAUGCGAUGCUGAACUUCUGGGGAUGCUUUGGAUUCACUCUUGUAAUGUCAUAUGCAUUCUAUGUAACCAUCGAGGCUCCCUUGGCAGGACUUGAAAACCUCCUCUUGCCAAGUCGGAAGAAGCCGACGAAAACAAGAGAGACAGAAGGACAGCCUCAAAAUAAGGAGGAUACACAAAAGAUUCCGUCGGAGGAUCAAAACGCAAUCCUGCCCGAAAAAAUUCAGCCUGACCUGGAACAGGCCACGGCGACAUCCAUUGAAAGUAGAGAUAAUUUGCAGCAAUCAGAUUAAUUAAAUUAAUCUAGUUAGUUAGUUUAGGAUAAAACAUUGAACACUAAAGUUUUUUUUAUACACUUUUUUUUUACAGUGAAGAAGCUGUAUAGCAAAUAUUCACAUUCCUCAAAGUUUAUAUAAGGAUUACCUACUUUUAAGCAAAAAUAAAUCAAACAUCAACCAAAA